UGCUUGUCUACAGCCGAGAGUGUCCGCCCUGUCACUGCAUACAUUACCUGGGAAUUUGUACUCACCUGCGGUCAUUACCUGGAACCAGAGACGGGAAGCUGCUGGGAGGAGAAAGUUGCUCAUGAAGGAAAAAAGUCGGUGGUGAUGUCGGUGUCGGUGUCGGAUUGGUUCUGGUGGGAUCGGAUCUGGUUGCCGUGUAAUUAUACAUGGAAGGAUCUGGAGAACGAUGAGGGGACCGGAGCCGUGUCCCCCGCCCAGCUCUAUGUCACCUUACCGCUGGCCCUGGCCUUCAUCCUCCUCCGACUCUUCUAUGAGAGGGCCAUUGCUACACCUGUGGCCAGAGCCAUGGGGAUAAAGAGCGAAGUCCGACUAAAAGCACCAUUUAAUCCAAUCCUGGAAGACCAUUAUGUCACCGCCUCCAAACACCCAUCUCAAGCGGACGUUUAUGGUUUGGCAAAGAAGGUCAACCGUACAACAUUGCAAGUGGAGCGAUGGUUCAGGAGGAGACGGAAUCAAGACCGGCCUGCCGUGAUGAAGAAAUUCCAGGAAUCCUGCUGGAGGUUCGGCUUCUACCUGUGCGCUUUGAUUGGAGGAGUCGCCGUCCUGUAUGAUAAACCCUGGUUUUAUGAUGUGUGGGAAGUGUGGGUAGGCUACCCGAAACAGGAAGUGCUAACAUCCCAGUACUGGUACUAUGUGUUAGAGCUGAGCUUUUAUUGGGCCCUGCUGUUCAGUGUCGCCUUUGAUGUCAGAAGAAAGGACUUCAAUGUACAAGUUGUUCAUCACUGUGCAACCAUCUUUUUGCUGAACUUUUCCUGGUCUGUCAAGUAUAUCCGAGUGGGAACGCUGACUAUGUUGGUGCAUGAUGUCUCCGACGUCUUGCUGGAGGCUGCGAAAAUGUGCAGUUAUGCUCAGUGGAAGAAGUCAUGUAAUGUGCUGUUCGGUGUAUUCGCCCUGGUGUUCGCUGUCAGCCGACUCGUUGUCUUCCCUUUUUGGAUUAUUUAUGCCACAACGGUCUAUCCCUUGUAUUACUGCCCACGAUUUUUCCUCUACUACUUCUUCAACAUGGUCAUGUUUAUACUGCAGUUCCUUCAUAUAUACUGGGCAUAUCUCAUCUUCAAGAUGGUGCAAAAGAUGCUUUCUGGAAAUAUGUCUGGUGAUGAUCGCAGCGAUAACGAAGAAAACGACAGCGAGGAAAACGAGGACCAGUCAUUGAGCAAUGGGGACGGCAAGAAGCCCAUAGUAAAUGGCCAACACGACCAUUAAUUGCCAACGCCACUGUGCGCAGACGUGCAGAGAAAGGGUUAAAAAUGAGAACUUGAUUAUCUGCAUUGGUUUUUCCAGGACAGACACUAAGCAGGGGAGAGGGGCAGGGGGGGGGGCUUUGCAGCUGGAAGAAGCACUAUUCAUCAGGAAGUGGAUGGUCCUGAUGGGACCAACUGCGUUCCAGAGGCGACACAAGCCAAAAAUCCAGUCCCAACCAUAAACUAACACAAGAAAACAAAAAUGUAAUGAAGACCCUGUUCUGCGUACAUGAAGCAGCAAAUAAGAAAAAAAAACAUAAAACCUUUUGUCCUGCUACAGAAAAAGAAGAACACAUUACGGCCUCCUCUGGAAGUACAAAGGACACGUAAAGAGUGUGUGAGGGAUGAUAACCAAGUUCCUUGCUGCUUUCCAGACUGUUCUGAUUACAUCUGGUGACAACCAAAGAAGUUUUCGGAGACCUUGUUGGGGUUGGCUCAGAACAAAGUUGUCCCUAAAUGCACCAGGGACACAGCGACCGCCACCGCCCCCCCUUAACGAGUCACAGAGUAUUCUUCACCCACAUCAAGGGGUUAACUUCGCAGCGUUCCGAAAAGAAAGAAAAAAAACUAU